AUGGCUGACCCGGCAGACAGAGAAGCUCAUGAAGUCUGGAUUCAUUAUUAUCCACAAAGGGAACCUCUUGCACAAUUCUUUGAGAGAAAUAAGCCCUCUCAAGUCCAUAUAUCAAAAGCUCAUUGGAUAUCCGUUGACAGGAUCGAAGAGGAAGAAGACGAAGAAUCUGGCGAAGAAGAAGGAGACGAACAAAACACUGAGCUUGAAGAGUGUGUCGAGGAAAGACUGCGCAGGAUUGCUAUGCUAGCAGAGUGGAAUAGUUUACUAAAGAAUCCAUCAGCCAAGAAAAUUACCCAACAAACUCUGAAAGAACUGGCAGUAAAAUACAAAAUAACUGUCGGAAAAUGGCUCGUUUUUGCUCCCAGUUCUAAAAUAGACAAAAUCUGGUUCACUAUAGCUGAAGCUGUAGUAGAUGGCAAACUGGGUUUCUCAGCUAAAGUCAGCACAAAGAAUGAUGAGGAAGCAAAGCAUGUGAUUUGUGUCUACACCGAGGACUUCACAGAUGAAGAAGAUGUAAGAAGGGUUGAGAAAGCACUCAGAAGGCUGAACAUCAAUGAUUUCUUGCAAUACAAGGCUGAUAUCUACACAUUAUUGAAUAUAUACAGAGAUAACAACCUUGGUAUUCGACCAUGCAUCUACAGAAGUGAGGCAAAAGUUGUACCAAAAGCGACUACCAACUAUGACCAUAGUAGGUCUCUGGCAAGCUUUUUGGAGGAAUACAAACCAUCUCAAAUCAGUGAGCAUGAAGCAACAUGGAUAAAUGUGUCAACCAAAGAGCAUUAUAUAGAUACUGAAAGCCAAUCCAAGCCUGAAGAGGAUGGAAAACUCUCUGUUGCUGCUAUGAAAAAAGAAUGGAAAGCUAUACAAGAAAACAAAGCAGCCAAGAAAAUUACACCAGAAAUACUUGAGGAACUUGCAGUAAAGUACAGAAUUACGGCAGGAAAAUGGCUGAUAUUUGCAGAUCGUGCCGAAAUAGAUGGUUUGUGGUUCUCUAUAGCAGAAACUACAGUUGCUGGAAGACUGGGUUGCUCGGCCAAAGUGAGCACAAAGAAGACUGGUGACCCAAAGCAUGUGAUAUGGGUGUAUACCAAAGAUUUUACUGAUAAGGAUGACGUGCGCAGGGUUGAGAAAGUCCUAAGAAGACUGCAUGUUCAUGAUUUUAUGCAGUACAAAGCAGAUGUGUACACAAUUCUGAAUAUUUACUGUGAUAAUGAUUUAGGGAUUCCUCCUUGUGUGUAUAAAAGUACAGCAAGCCAUGAUUGGCAGCCAGUUGAACCAAAAUCAAAUCCACCAAGAUACCAGCAAAAGAAAUAUGACUUUUCCCAACUUAAAAAGUUAAUGUAAUUAUGAAAUUAUAGUUAUUGAAAUAACUAAGUGCAAAUAUAUACCCAAGAUAUCAGAGAAAGAAAUAUGAUUUUCCCCAACUUAAAAAGUUGAUGUAAUUAUGGCGAAAAUAUAGUCAUUAAAAAUGACUAAGUGCAAAUAUAUAUCUAAGAUAUUAGAGAAAGAAGCUUUUAAAAAAAGUUUUUGGAAGAAAUAUGAUCAUUUCUGAAUUUGUUAUCAUUGUUUGUACCAAAAUGGAAUCUAAGAUAUCAAAAUAUCACUGUAAGUAUAUUUGAUAAUAAGGCCAAUAUCUCUUAAAAGAGAUGUUUUCAAUAAAAUCAUUUGGUGGGAA